AUGAGUAUGGAGCUUCCGAAACUCAACCUGGGGUCCUUGAAGGAUCAGGUCACAAAAACGCUUGAGCGCGGGAAGGAAGAAAAGGCAAAUAAAAACGGAAAGGCAACGCCAAAGAAGGAUGGCAAGAAAGGCUCGAAAAAUAGCAAAAAGAAACAGACCGCAAAACCUAGAUCAGAUAAUAGCCCCACAAAAGACAGCUCCGAGGAUGUUCUUAGAACAGCAGCAUUGGAAUUGGGUGCUAGCGAGGAAGAUAUAAAGCUGGUUGACGGCGUGGAUGACGAAGCUAGUGAGCAAGAGUUUGACGAUGCUCCUGUGGAUGGUAAGCUCAAAAAGGAACUGUCCAAGUUCAUGAAGGGACUGGAUUUUGAGGAGCCCGAGCUGGCUGCAGAAGAAGAGGAAGAGGAAGAAGGGGAAGAAAAAGAAGAAGGGGAAAAAGAGCAAGAAGAAGAGAAAUUGGGCACAGGGAGCGGCCAAGAGUCUGAAUUCGAGCCAGAAAAGAAAGCGGAAGAAUCGAAGCCCAACUCAAAGAAAAGCGAUAGAUUACAAAGUUUGCAGACCGUCAGUUCUGACAGACUGGUUGUGCCGCCACGUAACGACUGGUUCAACGAGAAGCUGCCGGACGUGAAGGGCAGCGCUCUGUUGCCCAAAGAGAUCGAGGAGCUCUACGAGAACGCCAAACGCAUGUACAACAAGGAACAGGAAACAUACAUUGAGGAAUUCAACAAGUCAUCGUCUCAGAAACGAUUCCUGUCCCAAGUUCUCACAGGAGGUACCUUAAACGAUAAAAUUUCUGCGCUGACUCUUCUAAUUCAGGAAUCUCCUUUGCACAACCACAAGGCUUUGGAGACCAUGUUUGCGAUGUGCGAGAAAAAGUCGAGAACAGCAGCUUUACAGUGUAUUGAGGCGUUGGCGGAUUUAUUCGUCAACGGUGUCAUCCCCGCGGACAGAAAACUGAAAUAUUUCAACAAGCAGCCUUUAAGAAAGGACUUGAGCCCCAAAGAGAUGAUUGUGUUCUAUUUUGAGGAUUAUCUCAAGAAGAAGUACUUCCAAUUUAUUGGAACCCUAGAAAAGCUUCUUCAAGACAGCAUUGUGCACGUUCGUACCAAGGUGGUUGGCUAUGUGUUUGCUCUGUUGAGAGCGAAGCCAGAACAGGAGGCUAAUCUGCUAAGAAUCGGUGUCAACAAAUUGGGAGACAUUGACAACAAGGUGGCCUCGAAAACGUCGUACCAUAUCCUGCUUUUAGAGCAACAGCAUCCGGCCAUGAAGGAGAUUGUUGUGGAAAAUAUUUUUGACGUUCUUUUUCGCAAGAAUAACGACCACCAUGCCAUAUACUACUCGACAAUUACCCUUAAUCAGACAAUCUUGACGAGAAAGGAGGAUAAGCUGGCCAACAAACUAAUGGACGCAUACUUCAAGCUAUUCGAGAAGCUACUUCUCGAGACGGAUAGCGGCAACACCGCCAAACUGAGGGAGGCAGACCACCAAAAGAAGGGAAGACGCAAGAGAAACUUCAAGCGUGGUAAGAAGGGCGGCAAGUCAGAGAAAAACGAAAAGAGCGAGCAGGAGGUGCUAGAAGAGCGCAACAGCAAGAUGUUUGCUGCCAUCCUGACGGGCCUGAACAGAGCUUUUCCAUUUUCGACUCUUUCUGCGUCUGUUUUUGAGUCGCAUCUGGACACUUUAUUCCGCAUCACUCACAGUUCCAACUUCAACACAAGUGUGCAGGCGCUGAUGCUGAUCCACCGAAUCACACAGAAAGGAGAAAUCAACAAGGACAGAUACUACAGAACUCUGUACGAGAGUUUGUUGGAUGACCGGCUCGUGACGUCGUCAAAACAGAAUAUUUAUUUGAACCUGCUUUUCCAAUCGUUGAAGGAGGACACCAACAAGGACCGUGUCAUGGCCUUUGUCAAGCGGAUAUGCCAGGUUUGUUUGAACUGGAUCAACAUCGGUCCUGUAGCCGGAAUGGUCUUUUUGCUUGUCGAGCUCGAAAAAGAGGUACCUGAGAUUCGCAACCUGGUAUUCAACGCUCCGCUCGAAGACGGCGAGCAAAAAAAGGAGUACGACUCGCGGAAACGAGACCCGCAGUUCUCCAACGCACAGGACUCGUCUCUGUGGGAGCUGAACGUUUUUUCGAACCAUUUCCAUCCUACCGUGACUCACUACACCGAGGCUUUCUUUGCUAACGACACCAAGGACCUGCAGAAACCGAACCUCGGGCUGUUCACUUUGGCUCACUUCCUGGACAGGUUUGUCUACAAAAAGGCCAAGAUGAAGCCUGCAACGCACGGCCAGUCGAUCAUGCAACCGCUCGCCGGAGCGCACACGGGCUCGCUCCUCGUGAAGACCGAUGUGCACGGGGAGCUUCCAACCAACACCGAAGACUGGAUCAACAGGAAGGCGUCCGAGAUCCGGCCCGAGGACAGGUUCUUCUACGAGUACUUCAGCACGAGACAAGAGAAGGCACUUGCCUCGAAGAUGGACAAGGAGCUUAACAGGAAGCUGCAGAGAGACGACGAGGAGUCUGACAUUGACGAGGAGAGCGUGUGGAACGCUCUGGUGAAGAGCAAUCCCGAGGUCGAGGGUCCAAGCGAGGACGAGCUGUCGGACUUUGAGAUGAGCGAGUUGAGCGACGAGGAGGAGCUGGAAGAAGUCGAAGAGGAAGAGGAAGAGGAAGACGACGAGGAUGGACUGGUGACUUUGAGGACGGUGGAUGACUUGGAGGACGAUGAUGAGGAGGUUGAGGAGGAGGAAGCCGAGCCACGUGCGGGCAAGUUUAGCGACUCGUCGGACUCGGAUAUCGGCGAGCUGAUGGGAGAGUCGGAAGACGAGUCGGAGGAGAACGCGUCGGAAGAAGACGAGGCAGAGUCCAGAAAGCGGUCUAAACAGUCCGCCGGACAGUCGAAGAAGCUCAAAGCGCUACCGACGUUCGCGUCCGCUGAGGACUACGCCGAGUACUUGAAUUCUUCCGAGGACGAGUAG